AGAAGAUCAGAAGUACAGAGAUACAGAACGCCUACAAAAUCUAACUAAGGACUGUUUCAACCCCUUCCAGGGGCAAUCCAUGGGUGCUCAAGGUGUCUAGAAUUCAAGCCCAGGGGCACCAAGGGCUGCAGGGGUGUGUGCUUCUAUGUAGUUGGAUGGGUGCUGAUGCUGGGUGGGGCGAGUGUUCACCCCCGCCCCCCCUCUCAUGUCUGGGCAGCGCCAAACAAGCGACGGAGAACUUCCUUUAUGUCAGCUUCCUCCGGUUAACCAGAAUAUAAAUGGAAGGUUUCCACGAAGAGUGUCUGAAGUGAGCUUCCAGCAAAAACAAAGGGUUGAAAUUCUCCCAAAUGGUCCACACAAUAUAUCAGGUUGUACAGGGAACUGGUUUGAUAGUCCUCGGUCAAGUGUUCCCCCUGGCUCCGGUCAUUCUACGGCACCAUCCUCCAGUAAGCUGAUUUUCAACGGAAGUGACAAUCAAAGGAUUUUCUUCCCAAAGGAUACAACUGAAUUCCGUGUAUCCUCCCCUGCCACCCUAGAUACAUCCUUCAGCUGCGAAAGUCUUGGCUCCCAGGUUGGAUCCCGACAGUCCCUGCUAGACUCUAAGGGUAAAACUAGGUUAAUCUCUCCUCCUAAUCCAAAAUCCCCUUCACCUACCCAUAAACCUGUCAGAAGUUGCAAUGCUUCCUCUGAGAUGGAUGUUACCCGACGGCAGAGAGAGAACAGAAAAAAAGAAAUUCAAGAUAAGCUACGGCUGGAUUCCUGGAAAGUAGAACGACGAACUCUGGAUCGACGAAGAUGCCGCUGGACUUUUGUAUUUGAUCCUUCAGGGCGUUUAGUCUACUAUUGGUCGGUUGUGGUUUCUAUGGCAUUUCUUUACAAUUUAUGG